UAAAGUGAAAUUUACUUUAAUUUAUUUUAUGAUUUUUAAAAUAAAAAAGAACAUUCAUUAUGAAUAGAAUAAUUGUAUUACUACUUGGAAUUCUAAUUGUCGAAACUGUCACUGAGACUGAGAAAAAAAAAACUGCAAACGUCAACUUGAUACCUCAUAAUGCCCAAAUAAGAAACGUAACAGGUAAACUAACUAUUGUUCAAAAUGAUGAUAAUUCUGUUCAUAUUACUGGAAAAAUAAGUGGACUUACAAAAGGAUUACAUGGUUUCCACGUACAUGAAAAAGGAGAUUUACGAAAUGGUUGCACAUCUACCGGUCCACAUUUUAAUCCUGAGAAUGUUACCCAUGGUGGACAAGAUAGUCCAAUAAGACAUGUCGGCGAUUUAGGUAAUAUUCGAGCAAACGCUAAAGGUGAAGCAGAUGUACAUAUCAAAGAUUUCAUUAUUUCUUUGACUGGAAAGAAUAAUAUUCUUGGACGUGCAAUAGUUGUUCAUUCUGGUGAAGAUGAUUUAGGAAAAGGAAACAGUAAUCUUUCUUCAACCACUGGAAACUCGGGAGAUCGUUGGGCUUGUGGUAUUAUCGAAGCUAACUAGAUUUCUCUGAAUUUGAUCCUUCAUUUGAUUCUAUAUUUAAAAUUUAGAAUUUAGGUUAAAGAUUCUCAAAUAUCUUAUAAAUAAAAUGAAAUAUAAAAUUUAAAAUAAAAAUAAUAAACUUCUAUUUGUUAUAUUAUAAA